AUGCCAGUUGAAUAUGACGUGACACUGGAUUCGCGAAAGGCCCGUCGAUUUCAAUGUCAGCACAACUACAGUUCGUUUACCUGCCAUGUCAUUGCAAUCAUGGUUCAAGCCGAGCAACAUGAGCUCACCCAUGAAAAUAGAGACCGUUAUUCCUUGUUUGUCGUUGGAAAGGUGUUCGUGGCCGGCACGUCAAGGUGGUACAAUUUCAUUCGAGAACAAGGCUGGUUCUGGCUUCCUGUCUACGUGGCAGGGUUUCCGAGGUACUAUAUUGAUCUGGACACCGUUGGCAGCGACAUGAACGACUUUGGAUUGGGCUACGUUGUUUCCGCCGAUAAGAAAGUCGGAAUCCUUUGCAAUGAAAACAUCCAAGCCAAGAUUAAUCUACCGGGAUCCCUACACCUCUUGAACAAGCUGCACUUCACUACUUGCAAGAAUCUACGAACAGCGUUGCUAGGAGAGAAUUGCAUGCUCACAGGAAACGAAGCUCUCAAUAUGAUGCGAAAUGAUUUCAUGUGGGUACAGAAUGAAAAUGAAGUGCCCGAGCUUUUGCAGUUCGACCCAACCGCCGUACACGUAGAGCAUCAAAUUCUACCCGAAGACACAUUGACCGAUCUGGACACGCUUUUUCGCUACAAAACGGGGGCCGAGGAUCCAUUUGGAGAAGAAGAAGAAGAAGUCUUCUACAACCAAAACAACGACGAUGACGAUGAUGUCUCGGAGAUGCAUCCCAGGGAGCUCUUUGCAGAUGAUGAUUCCGUCCAUGGGGCCUUUGGAUCAUUUGAAACAGGACGAUUCGCCGCCAAUUCACGCCCAUCUACAAUCCGUGAAGAAGAAGCAUACAAUGAUGAAGUUGCUUUGGGCCGUUCGGAGGAAUUUAUCUUGCGAUCGCGGGCCCUUGAAAACAACGAGAACCUAGCGAAUACCCUAGCGAAUACCGCCCAUCAAAUGAUUCAUUCAAUGGUUCAAAAAAUUUCUGAAUCCAACACUAACAUUUCCACAAUGCCAUUCAACAACGGCAAUCAACAACAGCAACAGGGUCGUCGUGUCGCUCGGACACCUGGUGGAACCGUUGGCACCCGUCGUCAAACUGGAGGUCGAGGCAGUACUGGUGGCCGCGGAAGUGGCGGUCGCAUACAUCAACAAACUGGAGGUCGAGGCAGUUCCGGUGGUCGCGGAAGUGGUGGUCGAAGUAGCGUGCGAGCUGGUGGCCGUGGAAGUGGUGGUCAAAGCACGCACCCUGGUGUCUCCUUUGGUCGCAGUUCUGGUGGGCGCGGAAGUGGUGGUCGCAUGCACCAACAAACUGGAGGUCGAGGCAGUUCCGGUGGGCGCGGAAGUGGUGGUCGUAGCAGAGGCUUUCCUCACGCCUCUCCUCGGGCUCAAGCGUCGAUGGCCAGUCCUUCUCUACGGCUAUCCACUAGCAAUUUGGGCGGCCCAGGAAGAAGCAACUCUGGAACUACCGGUACAGGGGCUCGCGUGACUACAGCCAGCCCUUCUUUCCAACUAUCCACCCGCAAUUUGGGCGGCCGAGGAAGAAGCAUCUCAUCUCCCGCUGCUCGAGGCGCUGCCGCUGCUCCAACUGGCAUUCUACGACCCCCAACGAGAGCCUCGAGAAGCCAAGGCAGGGGACAAGGUGGUCGUCCAUCCUUUCGUCUUCGACCGAGCGCCAGCACGAAACAAUGGAUGCGGGAGGCGUUUACCAACCUGGAACUAGACCACUUGGGUCGAACUGGUGCCGGCACUCCUAGUGGUCGUCCAUCCUUUCGUCUUCGACCGAGCGACAGCAUGACGCAACGGAUGCGGGAGGCGUUUACCAACCUGGAACUAGACCACUUGGGUCGAACUGGUGCGAAUACUCCUGACCCGCGUCGUGGCACUUCGAGAAUGUCACCGAAUCUUACCCCGGUCGAAGUCGAGACGGUGCAUAGUCCCAUAGAGAGUACGACCGGAGUACAUCCAGCUCCAGACACACCGACUGUCGAUACCAAGAGUCGAGCUGAGGCCAGUUCAGGUCGUGACAAGCCGAUCCAAAUGCCCAGUCGGUCUUUGAGCACGACAAACAUUACUGGUACUCUUGGUCGAGCGGGGAAGGAAACUGGUGGAACUGGAACUAGCUCUGGGCAGACAAGAGGGAAGGAAACCGAGAUCGAGAUUCUUGUGCCAAACAAGGACAGUACCAAAGGUACCAUCCAAUCUCCCGACGCCGCCUCAAUGGUGUAUCAAGACAAAGAAAAUGAUAUUCCAGGAAGCGAGGCUUCGGUGACGAAAGGCGCCGAAAACAAAGCCGAAUCUGCGUGCACGUUGCGUCGCAGUUCGCGAAAGCGAAAUCCCAGCAAAAAGUAUGCUUAUUAA